AUGGACAGCGCCGACAUGGACGUCGUCCAGUACGUUGACCAUUUCGAUCACGACGACAACCUCAGCGACAACCUCAACGAAAACCUCAGCGACAACCUCAACGACAACCCGUCGGAUGCUGAAACACUCGAAGCGUCAGACCUACCCAUCUCUGGAUCAGCCGCAUCAACGGCAACAAAUUGUCCGGCCCUGCCGCCCUCAGCUGUUCUCGAACCUUUGAUAACGCAAGUCCAAGGUCGCCCGUGUUGCGUUGUUUGCCACAGCAAGCUGGCCAACGUCUCCGAUCUCUUCCGAUGCCGCCUGUGCGAUGUUUAUCUUUGCAACUGCCACACUCCCUUGAGGCAGGACUCCACGCGUCUCCGGGUUACGCACGUUGUCGCACACAUGCGGAUAACAGGCCACAUGGAUCUCGAUUGGAUCCCCCUUACCCAAACGGCCGUAUCAAUGGCAACUCGCAUCCAAUGUCAAGACCACCCGCACGUUACCAACCCCUACAGUCUCUUCUUUGAUACCCACACCCGAACCAUGAAGUGCGACAGCCAUGCAGGAAACUCGGCAUGCAUCCUUUCGGAGUCCAACGGCGUACAGUGGCUCGGGGGACCCAUGGGAUGCCAGCCCAUUGCUAAGGAACCCCGUAGCAAGGCCGCGGUUGAGGAGCUCCUCCACAACUACCUACUGCUCUCAAGGAACCCGACGAGGUUGAAAGAACCCCAACGGGUACAAGCUCUGCAAGUUGCAACUGAGGAAGCCGCAGCGGAUCUCUUGUUCCACAUCCGAGUGGUUGCGUAUGGCAACUGGGACGCAUUCAGGUUGUACCAGCUCAGUCAGCUCCAACGGGAGCGGAUGGCUGGGCGCCGGGAAGUGAGCAUCCUCAAUGUGCGCAUAGCUUGGGAGCGAGACAGCGAAAACGUGGAGUGGACUGUCGGAACUCUCACGUUUCCCGCCUCCGCCUACAGCGGUUCCUUGACCGCCCUUCGCGAGAUCGACCCAGAGAGGAUCACCUGCAUUCGGCAUCAUGGGGGGCCCGGUGUCGGGAAGACAGAGCUCAUCGGCUGCAUCAUCGACACGACCAUCAACUGCCCACAUCUCCACGACACGGUCGAUAACCAAAGCCCUCAAGACGGAGAGAAUGGAGGUCACAUUCUCGUCACCAGCAAUAGCAACGCUGGAGUGAUGGUCGUGCUAUCCAAGAUCAUCGGUUCCAUCGGGUCCGAAGCCAUCGACCUCAAAUCCGACAUCUUCCGGGUCCAGAAAUCCAACUUCGAUCGAUCUUCCAUUCGCGACGAGGCCCUUCUCGCUCUGAACAAGGGCCAAGCCUAUCAAGAUAUCCUCCAGCAGCUCAUUGAUAAUGGCAAGCCCUUCCUGUUAUGGACGAUGCGUCCAUACCAUGCGCUUACCUCAUGA